AAGGAAGGGAAAGAAGCCAGGAGAUGAGAGGAGGGAAUGGGUUAUCAACUGAAGGACCUGCACAACGUAAACGUUUUGAGUUAAGUUUCAUUUGGGGACCUUACUGAGCACUAUAGUGGAGGAGAGCCUCUCAGAUAGCUCUGAGGAACUGCUCAAAAGAGGUAAGGGACGAGCCAGGAUAUAUGGGUGUUUUUGUUGGAUAAAAACGUGUUAUGGAACAUGAAAAGUUUACUGCUAAUCACAAAGGACAGACGUCUCAAGUUAAUGAUUGUAGUGCUUUCCUAUGUAGGGGAAGAUGCAAGAGUCUGAGUUCACUGAAAUGACUCCUUAGAUAUGCAUCUUAACUAUUAGGGCCAGUAUCCAAAUCACAGAAUGCUUCCUUGUUUUCUCCAUCCUGAGUUCCCCUCAGGGCACACCAUCCGGCGCAGCUGCGAUGGUUGAUGGCUCGAUCCUUGUAGAACUGGAAUGGGAGGCAACAUUCCCCUUCCUCAGGGUCCAACUUUUUUUCUCUCUGAUCCAUCCGGAGGGCAGGUGGCUGCUCGGCGGAGGGUUGCAGGUGCAGCUCCUCUCAGUGGAGGAAGGCCCUGAGCAGGCGGGGCCUGGCGGGUGCGCCUCUGCCAUUGGCCCAGCCCAGGCUGCACCUGCCCGGAGCCGGCAGGCCCUUAGCACAAAGUCCGGGGGCCCAGACCAAGGAGGCGGCAGUCCGUGGCAGAGCAGGUGGGUCCUCGCCCUCGGCCAGGCAAGAUGCCCCUGGGGCUGCGGAGAAAAAAGAAAUUCAAUACCAAGGAGACCUCCCGGCUGGUGGAGGGCGAGCAGACAAAUGCGGCUGGCGGCAGCCUUCCCAGCCUCCCGGCUCCCACCUGCAGGCUGGUUUUCCACACGCAGCUGGCCCACGGCAGCGCCACGGGCAGAGUGGAGAACUUCUCCAGCAUCCAGGAGCUCUACGCCAAGAUCGCGGGCGUGUUUGAGAUUUCGCCGUCGGAGAUCUUAUAUUGCACUUUAAAUACACCUAAAGUUGACAUGGGAAAACUCUUAGGAGCACAGAUAGGUCUUGAAGAUUUCAUAUUUGCCCAUGUGAAAGGGAUCAAAAAAGAAGUGAAUGUGUAUAAAUCUGAGGAUUCACUUGGUCUUACCAUUACAGAUAAUGGUGCUGGCUAUGCUUUUAUAAAGAGAAUUAAAGAUGGCAGCAUAGUUGACUCAGUUAAAACAAUCUGUGUGGGGGAUCACAUUGAAGCCAUCAAUGGAGAAACUAUCCUUGGGUGGCGUCACUUUGAAGUUGCUAAGAAGUUAAAGGAAUUAAAAAAAGAGGAAUUCUUUACCUUGAAGUUAAUAGAACCUAAGAAGGCCUUUGACAUGGAGCCCAGGUCAAAAGCUGGAAAGUCAUCAACGGGAAGGAUUGGUACUGGAAGGGAGACACUUCGCCUGAGAUCAAAAGGUCCUGCCACAGUGGAAGAAGUGCCCUCUGAAACCAAAGCAAAGGCGAUUGAGAAGGUUGAUGACCUUCUUGAAUUGUACAUGGGAAUUCGAGAUAUCGAUUUAGCUACUACAAUGUUUGAAGCUGGAAAGGACAAAGGUAAUCCAGAUGAAUUUGCUGUGGCACUUGAUGAAACCCUUGGAGACUUUGCAUUCCCAGAUGAAUUUGUCUUUGAUGUUUGGGGAGUCAUUGGUGAUGCCAAACGAGGAUGAUUAUGAUGUGAAUGAUCGUCUCUGGAGGAAUGAACCAUUGUUCCUUAAAAAAAAAAAAAGUUAAAAUCUGCUUUUAGACACUGUUACGGACUCUGGCUUGUUUUAUGUGUAUGAAUACAUUCUUUUGAAAUAUAAUUUUGAUUUCUGGGCACUUUUUAAUGCAAUUGCAUAUGUAGUAUGGUUAAGAUAAAUUACCUAAAACGUGAUCAAUUUUAAUACUCAUUUAAAAGCUUUUUAAAGUUAGUUUUAGAGAGUAUUUCUAGAUAGGUUAUUUUGUUCCCCAUUGACAGCCAUGUUUUGUUUUCCACGUAUAAGUAGUUGAUUGCAAUCGCUUUGUAGUUCUUUUGCAAAAUCUUAAUGCAGUGAAAAUGAGGAUCGGAGUAUAAUUUGCCUCAUAGCAUCUUCAUUUUGUUAUACUAGCUUGAAUAGGAUAUGUUCAGGACAUGAAAUACGAAUUAUGCCUACUAGAGGUCUAGAAACAUUUAAAAAAAAAAUCCACUGAAUAAGGGGAGGAAGAUUCCUAUAGCUUGUUGAUGUCUAUGGCUUACUUACUCUCUUUGUAAAACAAGGAUUGAUUGACUUUUA